UUAUUGCAAUCGCUUGUUUUGUGAAGCACGUGACUGCUGCUGGGACAGUUUUGGUAUGGUCUGCAGGUAGUGUUUAUAUCUUACACCGAUACCAAGACGAUCCUGACACGAUGAUACGUCUCCUACGCGAUGCCAUUUUUCCUGGUGCUUUGCUUACCGGUGGACUUAUACGUGAACUACUACAUGGAUCCUUCAAAAUUCUUAUAGAGAUUCAAUCUCUAAAAGCCUUAGAACACCUAUGGAAAAGCUACAAGACAGGAGAGUUAAAAAGCAAUCUUGAGGACGUGUUCAUCAAUCAAGACCUCAUUAACAGUGCUCCCGAAGAUACUACAAAAAUUGAACUUUCUAUUGUUAUAAAUGAGGACGAAUACCACGAGGCAUCUCGUCGCCUGAUGGAUGAAAAGAUGCGCCUUCCAGCAGAGCAAUAUUUGCUUCCAUGUUAUCAUCCCCAAAAUCCACCAACCUCAUCGAAGAGAGCUUCAAAUACAGUUGUUACUUUAAUUGAUGAAACUGGAAAAUCAUCGCCCAUCGUUUAUGAGGCUAAAAAAUUAAGCUGGCCUGUAAUUACCUGGUUGCUGACUAAAGGAAACGCUUUUCCAGUUACCACUGGUAAAAUAGAAAUACGCAUAGAUGACCCCGUGAGAGCUAUUGCUGCUGCACUCAUAGGCACUGAUGGAGAUAUAAAUGUUACUGACAUGUCAGGAAAAACAAUGUUGAUGAAUGCUGCAAUCGAAGGGAAAGAAGAAGUUGUUAAAGCACUUUUAGAUUCUGGAGCAGAUCAGAGCAUGGUUGAUCCGAAGGGAAAAUCAGCAGUGGAAUACACCACCGAUGAUGGAACCCUAGGAGAUUUUAUAGCGAAACAUGGUAAAGAAAUGAUUAAGUCAGUAAUAAAAUGGGAACUAAUAUUUGAGUAUAACAGACAUUAUUUAUCGGUAUUGGCCAAUUUUGUCGAACAUAGUGGAGACAACAUUGUAGAAAGACUUCUUGCUGCUGGUGUAGACGUGAAUCUUGCCGAUAGCAAAGAAGAAACAUCACUGAUAUGGGCUUUACGAAACAGAUAUGACAAAAUUGCCAAUGCUUUGAUUAAAUCUGGCGCAGAUGUCAAUAGAAAAGACAAAGAUCAGAAAUCACCAUUGAUGAUUGCUGUCAAAAAUAACAAAGAAAACAUUGCAGAAAGACUUCUUGAUGCUGGUGCAUAUCCUACUGCCACUGAUAGUAAAGCCGUCCUAGAAACAGCACUUGUUUGGGCGGUCAAAAGAGGACACGACGAAAUGGUAGAUACGUUGAUAAAAGAAGGUGCUGAUAAGAAUUGCAAAGACAAAUUUCAAAAUACACCACUGAUACAUGCUUGCAAAAACUCGAAAGAAGUCAUUGCAGAAUAUCUAAUCGAUGUCGGUGUUGAUGUGAACGUUGUGAAUGAUGACGGAAAGACAGCACUGAUGUUUGCUGCCGAGAUGGAGAAUGAUAAGAUUUUUCAUAUGUUAACCAAAGCAGGUGCAGAUAUUAACGUUAAAGACAAGUCUAAAAUUUCAACAUUGAUGUAUGCUGUUAAAAACAUCAAAGAAAAACCAGCUGAAAUAUUUAUAAAUGCAGGCGCAGAUGUGAAUGUCGUCGAUGAACAAGGAAGAACCCCAUUGACUUGGGCUACAAUAUACGGAAUGGAGAAAAUUGUUCUUUGCUUGAUCAAUGCUGGUGCAGAUGUUAACGUUAAGGAUAAAUCUAAAAUGUCACCAUUGAUGCAUGCUGUGCAUACAAUCAAUGAAAAACAAGCUGAGAUCCUGAUAAAUGCAGGAGCGGAGGUGAAUGUUUUUGAUGUACUAGGAGAAACUCCAUUGAUUUUGGCUACAAUAUAUGGAAUGGAGAAAACCGUUAUUUCCUUGAUCAGAGCUGGUGCAGAUGUUAACGUCCAAAGUAGAAACCAAAGAACGCCAUUGAUGCUUGCCAUCCCAAACAGCAGAGACAAAAUUGCAGAGAUACUAACAGAUUCCGGUGCAGAAGUAGAUGCGGUGGACAAACACCCCUGAUAUGGACUGCAAAAAAGGGGAACGAGAGAAUUAUCUAGACUUUGCUCGAAGCAGGUGCGAAUGUGAAUCACAAAGACAAUUCCCAUAAAACACCACUCAUGCAUGCUCGUCAGACAAAGAAUGAAUUGAUUGCUGAGCAACUGAUUGCUGUUGGUGCAAUGUGAAUGAUGUCGAUGACAAUCGACAAACGGCACUGAAAAAACGGAAUCAGAAAUGUAUCCAUAUUUUGGUAAAGGCUAGCGCUAGUUUUGAAUCUAAAUAUUAGUACUGCAUGCUAUUUAAUUACAAAAAUUGGAAAGAAACUAGAAAUAGACAACUAGAAUCUAGAGAACUCUAAUUCUUGUGGCAAGCAGAGGUGAGAACUAGGACUAUUAAAAUCGUUAAUUCA